AAAUCGCCUCUUUCCUCCAGGUUUCCCUCGGUCUUCACCUCGCUCCUCGCACGCGCAGAGAGAGAGAGAGAGAGAGAGAGAGAGGCUCCGAAGUCCUUUCGCAGCCUCCAAUCGACGACUUCUCUCCCCUUCCUUCCUCAGGUAUCGCUCCCCAUUAUAUCUCUCCUCUGCUUCCGCUUGCUUCCCUCCUUCUCUCGGAUCCAUUUCUUGCGUCGUAGGCUCGACUCGUCCCGGUGAAGCAAAGAUGGUUGAUCAAGUUCAACACCCAACUGUCAUGCAGAAGGUAGCUGGCCAGCUCCUUCUGCGCACUAGUCUUUCUCAAGACACGCGAGGUUGUGAUGGGGCUUUCCAGAGGCCUGCUCUUUCCCAACGGCGUGCAUAUGGAAAUUACACCAAUGCUGCAUUGAAUUAUUCAACAGUGCCAGCAUGCAGAGCAUCCUCUGACUUGUCCAUGGUUGCAUCGACAGCAUCUCCUGUGUUUGUUCAUGCCCCAGCAGAGAAAGGACUUGCUGGCUUUGCCAUCGAUUUCCUGAUGGGUGGAGUCUCUGCCGCUGUAUCCAAGACGGCAGCUGCUCCCAUUGAGCGUGUGAAGCUUCUAAUUCAGAACCAGGAUGAGAUGAUUAAGACUGGUAGGCUGUCUGAACCAUACAAGGGCAUUGGUGAUUGUUUUGGGAGGACAAUAAAGGAUGAGGGAUUCGGUUCCUUGUGGAGGGGGAACACUGCUAAUGUUAUCCGUUAUUUCCCCACUCAGGCCUUGAACUUUGCAUUCAAGGAUUACUUCAAGAGGCUGUUUAACUUCAAGAAAGACAAGGAUGGCUACUGGAAGUGGUUUGCUGGUAACUUGGCAUCAGGAGGCGCGGCUGGUGCUUCUUCCCUUCUGUUUGUGUACUCCCUGGACUAUGCCCGUACGCGUCUGGCCAAUGAUGCAAAGGCUGCCAAGAAGGGUGGAGAGAGGCAGUUCAAUGGUCUUGUUGAUGUUUACAGAAAGACACUGGCUUCUGAUGGUAUUGCUGGCCUUUACCGUGGUUUCAACAUCUCUUGUGUUGGAAUUAUUGUGUACCGUGGACUCUACUUUGGAAUGUACGAUUCUUUGAAGCCAGUUCUCUUGACUGGAACUUUACAGGAUAGUUUCUUUGCUAGCUUUGCUCUUGGCUGGCUCAUCACAAAUGGUGCUGGGCUUGCAUCCUAUCCAAUUGACACUGUUCGCAGAAGAAUGAUGAUGACCUCUGGUGAAGCUGUCAAGUACAAGAGUUCCCUGGAUGCUUUCUCCCAAAUUCUGAAGAAUGAGGGUGCCAGGUCUCUCUUCAAGGGUGCUGGUGCAAACAUCCUCCGUGCCGUUGCUGGUGCUGGUGUGCUUGCAGGUUAUGACAAGUUGCAGCUUAUUGUAUUCGGCAAGAAGUUUGGAUCGGGAGGUGCCUAAGCAAGUGGGGUUGUGCCUUUUAGAUUUAGACGGUGAUGAAAAUCUCGAGUUCUAAUAAUUUACUCCGGCAAAUUUUUUUAUGGAAUAAUUUUGAGUUAGAGGGAGACACUCCCAAACCAGUUGUUACUUUUUGGCUCGAAUUUUUGGUCCCAUCAAGAUGUGAUUUAUUGGAGCGGCAAGAGUUCCUUUGCCGCUUGGAACGUCAAUGACAUGAAAUGAGUUAUUUUUCUUAAGGUACUCAUCUAGUGUUUACUAGAUUGAGGGCAAAGGUCUUUGUUGGAUCCCUCUGUUUCAUUUUAAAUCUAGCUGUAUGCUAUCCUUGAUUUGGUCAUAUUUUCCUGGAUUGAUGAAAGUAGUCGGGUACAGAUUCCUAUGUGCAGGCAUUA